CGUAUACGUAAUACUGUCACUUGCAUUUUGCUUCCGACCGUGACACAGGCUGCAUGGAUAACAUCAGAAGACUCCGCCGAACUAUCCUAGGCUCGAAAUGAACGCACAACGCGUGCGCAGUCGUGCUCCAACAGCUACCUCUUUCUCACAAAGAGCUUCCCUCGAGAAUUCCUUACACCCUACUGUUGACAGUAUUCUCAAAGAUCUGAAGACAUGUUCACGUCGGUUACAAGCCGCUCUGGCCAGCUACCAGGAUGAAAUGCAGGUGCUUGAAAGGCUCUACUACAGAAGCAAAAAUCAACAUCGAGCGGCUUUGUUCUUCAAACGUAUUUCGGAGAUCAGACGUUAUGGUUGGCGGCUGCUAGAAGUAAACAUGACUGAGGAUGUGCACAUCCUUAGAGCGUCGUUCUAUGGUGCUACCGUUGUUCAGAGCGAAAAAUUGAUGAGAGGGUCUUGGAAUCACGUUCCAAGUCGGUCAUAUGUAUCUUUCAUUGCUGAGAGAUUUAAGGCAUAUUCUGGCCUGAUCCUCAGAACAUCUGAGCGAGUUCGAGAAGCUUAUUAUCAUUUCGCCCUUGCAAUGCAGUCUGGUGCAUUCAUUCAGCUAAUUGUACUAUUCGCUGGACUUUCUUCAAGAAUGGCGACUUUGUUGACUGAAUUGGGUGAUUGUGUCCGAGACUGCGAGUCUGCUUGUGAUCGCGUACUGAGUGUUAUCGACCCGGCCCACAAAGCGAGUUUCAUCGCUGGAUCGGGGACUUCCAAGCCUACAGAACAUCCUUUGUCUGAUCAGAGUGACCAGCCAGUCCCUGCCAUCGAUCCAAAUGUUCCCUCGGAGGAUUUUGGUUCUGCUGUUUCCAGAGGGGAUACGGUCGACCUACCAUCAUCCACACCAGUGGGUGCUGGGGUCAUUGUGAAAAACAACACUGUGAGCAUAGACUUCGAUCCUUUGCAAGCUUCAGUUGUGGUAGAAAAAGUGGCAGUUACAAAAUUGUCCACUCGAAAAGAUAGGAUUGCGACAAAACGAAAGAUCUCUUCUGCUCCUGCCGACCAAGGGCGGUCCAAGAAGCUCAGGGAGAAACGAGACGAGAUCGACGAUAUAUUCGGUUUUUAGCUGAACUUCACUUCUCAAAUGAUAUCGUCCGACUCCAUUUGGAUUCCAGCUUCUCUACGACUAUGUCUACGCAAGCUAAUGCCAUGCAA